ACAUAUCUGAAUGAGAAGUCACUCCAACUGGCAGAGAAAUGCAAAAAUCUGCAGUAUGGCUUUGAGUUUUUAUCUAACAAAACAAAAGGGUAUUCAGAGGAUGACUACCUUCAGAUUAUCACAGAUAUACAAAGCUGUCCAUGGAAACGACAAGCAGAAGAAUAUGCAAAUUUUAGAGCAAAACUUGCUUCCUGUUGUGAUGCUGUUCAAAAUUUCAUUGUUUCUCAAAAUAACACACCAGUUGGAACUAACAUGAGUUAUGAGGUGGAAAGUAAAAAAGAAAUCCCAAUUAAAGAGAACAUUUUUCAUAUGUUUCCAGCGUCUCAGCCUUUCGUGGAGUACCCUUAUAAUCAGUGUGCAGUGGUUGGAAAUGGGGGAAUUCUGAACAAUUCUCUCUGCGGAGCCGAAAUAGAUAAAUCCGACUUCGUUUUUAGGUGUAACCUCCCCCCAAUCACAGGAAAUAUUAGUAAAGAUGUUGGCAGUAAAACAAAUCUUGUGACUAUAAAUCCCAGUAUCAUAAUACAAAAAUAUGGGAACUUAAAAGAAAAGAAAGCAAUAUUUUUGGAAGACAUUGCUACCUAUGGAGACGCAUUUCUUCUUCUGCCAGCAUUUUCAUACAGGGCCAACACAGGCUCGUCUUUUAAAGUGUACUACACGCUCAAAGAGUCUAAAGCAAGACAAAAGGUUCUGUUUUUCCAUCCCAAGUACCUGAAACAUCUUGACCUUUUCUGGAGAACUAAAGGUGUGACCGCAUACCGCUUGUCCACCGGCUUGAUGAUCGCAAGCAUUGCUUUGGAACUAUGUGAAAACGUGAAGUUGUAUGGAUUUUGGCCCUUCUCUAAAACUGUAGAAGACACACCUAUCAAUCAUCACUACUACGACAACAAGUUACCUAAACGCGGUUUCCAUCAGAUGCCCAAAGAAUAUAGCCAAAUGCUCCAACUUCAUAUGAAAGGAAUCCUCCAACUACAAUUUAGCAAGUGUGAAAUAGCCUAAAUAAAGUGUCUUAAAAUGGGAAUAAUUUCAAUAUAAUGCAGUAGGUGAGUAACAAUGUCUAAACACUGAAGGAGGUGGUUAUAGGAAUUAGAGAGUAUUAUAGGAAAAGUCUUGAGAUUUCAUUUGACCAAAGCUCUCCCACUAACUUUGCA